GCAGGCUCCGCUUCGGAUAGUCCAAUGAAUUGUAAGUCAACGUGCAGAAAGAAGAUGCCAUUGCACGAAGAAAGCUAACUUAGCCCUGGGUGAGGUAAAGGUUUGCAGACGUGAGUGAAUGACAUGAGGCUGAGGAAAAGCAUGCUGGGAGAGAGCGAGAGAGAAGGGAGAGAAGGGAGGGAUAGAGGGAAGAAAAACGCGGAGGAAAGGGAGAAAACGGCAUCACAUGUGGAAAUGCAGAUGAUCUUACGAGGGGAUAUGAGAUCGGCUCGUCGUUGGAACAGAUGUGUGAUGGAGUUACUGUAGGGGUGAGGUAGAAUAGACUUACUACCUACACCGUCAUGUUUCUAUUUUCUUCAAGUUUUUUGUUUUUUGUUUUCGUUUUUUCGUCAUUUUCCAUCCCUCGAUUGCUGCUUAAUGUUCGUCGCACUCGUUACACAUCAGAUUUUUCAAUCCUUACCUUGUCAGGUUGACUGAGCCAGCGCACUCGAGCUAAAUCGUGAACGCCGAGGUUUCUGGCCGUGGGACGAUAGAGCUGUGAGGAUUUGGAUUGUGGAAGCUAGGCCAGGUCAGCCACAGCGGUUGAUGAGAGUUGAGAGACAUCGUUGUUGAGUUUCGUGGAGGUGUGUUGAGUUCAAGAUCUAGGGUAAAUCGACGGAGGCGGUGUCGGAAGUCGGCUGCUGUGGAUCAGGAUGGGCAGGUCGGGGAGCUCUGAGGAGGGUUGCAUUGGCUUUUGGAUUCGGAUGCUUGCGUCGGGGACCGCACGGUUGUGAGCUUUUGCGGAGAGGGUGUAUGUCGAAGCGGAGCGAAGUUUUGAGCCUAUAGGGGUAGUUGUAUUUAUCAGGGCGAGGUUGUGAGGUUUAAGCGUUCUUAAUACGGCAAGAUCUUGAGAGGAGGUGUCGGACAGUAUGCAUGAGUCUUCCGGGAGAAUUAGACUACGGAGCUGGAAACGGGCACCGAACUGGUGCAUUUUGGAGCAAGAAGAUGCCGUUUAUGGACUGUCCGUGGGCUGGGAAAUGAUUGGGAAUGCAACUGAUUUGCUUCCAGCGUGGGGGCACUGUCAGACUCCUUUGCAAUGUCUAAACCAGUGAGGAAAGCCCUGCACCAAUCACAGGAUAUCUUCCCUUGUGUGCCGAUCAGCUGAUGAAUACGCGCUCCUCAUUCGUUUUGUUAGAGAAGAGCUCUCGCGGGCAUGCUCCCUCGCACCUGGAGGUGUCGAAAGAUUGAAAAUUCGGCAAGAAGAAAAGGUUGUCGGUACAAUGUUUCCUUUGAAAAGCUCCGGCCCUCGGAGCACAUUAGAAGAGAUGUUGGAUUUGUUUAGAACGAACGACACACAAGAGGAGGGUACAUCUAAGGACAAUGGAGAGGAGGCUAGGCCACCACCUCUCCCUGCGAGGCCAACAUCACGGGCGCGAUUGCCAUCUUCUGUACGCGCAAGGAAGCAACAAGUUAUAGCUGCAGUAAAGCUGGCCCCGGCAAGCAAAAUACCUGUUGAUGUGGCCAAGGAGAACCUUGCAACAGAUUCUCUGGAUGCUGAUAAAGCGUUGCCUUUUGUAAUAGACUGCCUGAAUAGAGACGAUGACCAGGUACCCAAACCUGAGAGCUUUCGGGAAAGAAUUAGUGAUCACCUUUCAGCCACCAAAGCCCAUGCCGAUCAGGCACCUCAAAAUGGCCACACAGUUGUUGAAUCAACUUUGAAUACUCCAAACUGCACGAAUAAAUCGGACUUGGAAGAAAGUAAAGCUCCAUGGACUUGCCCAGCUGUGGUCUCGGUUGGAAGGCCAGGGGGAAGCGAGGAAGAAGCUGAAUUGGAUUCUAGGAACCUUUCAUUUGAUUUCGGAGGGAUGCCAAACGGAUCUCUUGCUGACGAAGAGACUGAGUUGGGACGAACAGAUUUAUCUGCCCUUGUACCAGAGCAACCUGCAUUGCCACCACAUUCUCCUUCUUCACCAGCACCAAGCAGGAAAUGGAAGGAUGAUGGAGUGUUACGGCUAAAGAAGAAUUUGCGAAUAUGGUGCUUAACCUCGGAUUGCAUGUGGAUUCCUGGUGUCAUUAUAUCUGUCGAGGAUACGGAGGCAGUUGUGCGAACCUCUGAUCGACAAGAGAUUAGAGUGAGUGCAACAAAGUUGCUGCCUGCAAACCCUGCCUUUCUGGAGGGAGUAGAUGACCUCAUAAAAUUAAGCUACCUCAACGAACCUUCUGUUCUCCAUGACUUGGACUACCGAUAUUCGAAGGAUCAGAUUUAUACAAAGGCCGGUCCUGUAUUGAUUGCAGUCAAUCCAUUCAAGAAGAUUCCAAUAUAUGGGGAGGACAUCGUGCAAGCCUACCAGAAAGCAGCUCCUGCAAGCUCUCAGCCACAUGUCUAUAUGGUAGCUGACAGUGCCUUUGGUGCGAUGAUGAAAGAGGGGAUCAACCAGUCCAUUAUCAUCAGUGGUGAGAGUGGCGCAGGUAAGACAGAAACGGCAAAGAUUGCUAUGCAGUAUUUGGCUGCUCUAGGAGGAGGUAGUGGAAUAGAAGAUGAAAUUUUACAAACCAAUCCCAUUUUGGAAGCCUUCGGCAACGCAAAAACUUCAAGGAACGACAAUUCAAGUCGCUUCGGGAAGCUAAUCGACAUACAUUUCGGUGAAAGUGGCAAAAUAUGUGGAGCAAACAUUCAGACUUAUUUGCUUGAGAAGUCGAGAGUUGUACAGCAAGCAGAAGGCGAAAGAUCAUAUCACGUUUUUUAUCAAUUAUGUGCUGGUGCUGAUGAAUCUUUACGAGUUCGUCUGAGUUUGAGACCCGCCAAGGAGUAUCGGUAUUUAAACCAAAGUUCUUGUCUGUCUAUCGACAAUGUUGACGAUGCCAAACAAUUCCGACAUUUGAGGAAUGCUAUGAGUGUGGUGCAAAUUUGUGAGGAAGAGCAGGAGCAAGUUUUUGAGCUUCUUUCAGCCGUCUUGUGGCUUGGAAAUAUUACCUUUUGCGUUGUAGAACCAGACAAUCAUGUCGUGGUUAAAGAUAAAGAAGCGGUGGAAAUGGCGGCAACCUUGCUGCAUUGCGAUGCUGGUAAGCUUGUAAUAGCACUCACCACUCGGAGGAUUCGUGCCGGGGGGGAUAUUAUUGUACAGAGACUGACACUUUCUCAGGCAACCGACUCAAGAGAUGCGCUUGCUAAAGCCAUUUAUUCCUACUUGUUUGAUUGGCUGGUUCAACGUGUCAACAAGUCUUUGGAAGUUGGCAAAACACUGACUGGAAGAUCAAUCAGCAUUCUAGAUAUUUAUGGAUUUGAAUCUUUCCAGAGAAAUAGUUUCGAGCAACUUUGUAUAAACUAUGCAAAUGAGAGGCUGCAGCAACAUUUCAACCGUCACCUUUUUAAGCUUGAGCAAGAAGAAUAUACUUCCGAAGAUAUUGAUUGGACCAGAAUAGAAUUUGAAGACAAUCAAGAAUGUCUUGAUCUGAUCGAGAAGAGGCCUGUAGGAUUACUGUCUUUACUUGAUGAGGAGUGUAUGUUUCCAAGAGCAACUGAUGUUACGCUUGCAAAUAAGUUGAAGGACCAUCUGAAAAGGAAUGCUUCUUUUAAAGGAGAGCGGGACAAGAAGUUCCGUAUUUACCAUUAUGCUGGAGAGGUGCUCUAUGAAACAGAUGGGUUUCUUGAGAAGAACAGAGACUUAUUACAUGCAGAUCUUGUGGAGGUUUUGAGGUCUUGUGAUUGUACAAUGACGCGUCAAUUUUUAGCUGGCCAAGGUUCUCAAAGAUCUAAUGGCUCAGAAUAUCAAAAGCAAAGUGUUGCAGCCAAGUUCAAGGGCCAAUUGAACAAGCUCAUGCAAAGGUUGGAGGCAACCGAACCUCAUUUUAUACGCUGCAUCAAACCAAAUACCCAGCAGCUUCCAAAUGUCAUCGAUCAGAAACUGGUCCUGCAACAGCUUCGGUGUUGUGGAGUCCUGGAGGUGGUCCGCAUCUCUCGCUCUGGCUACCCAACUCGACAUACACAUAAUGAUUUUGCGAACAGAUAUGCCUUCCUUCUCCCCAGAGACGUCUCUGAACAAGAGGACGUGUUGAGCGUAUGUGUGGCUAUUCUUGAGCAUUUUAAGAAGUACUUCACUUCAGAAAUGUAUCAAGUUGGUAUCUCUAAACUGUUUUUCCGCGCUGGACAGAUUGGAAUGCUGGAGGAUGUUAGGGUAAGAACUCUUCACAGUAUUGAUCGAGCCCAAGCAGUGUACAAGGGGUACAAGGUUCGACGUGCGUACAAAAAGACGCGCAAGACGAUAAUUUUCUUACAAUGCUUGGUUAGAUCCGCUAUAGCAAGGAGACGUUUUGAGAAAAUAAAACAGACACACAGAGCAGCCCGAAUUAUUCAAAAGCAAGUCCGUAGGUGGAGUGCACGUCGUGCAUAUCAAGCUAAGAAGAAGAAUGUCAUCAUGGUCCAAUCAGUCGCGCGGAUGUGGUUGGCCAAAAGAGAGUUUUACGCCCUCCAGAGAGAAGGCGAGGAGAAGAGGGUUGCGGAAGCUAGACUGGCUGCGGAGAAGAAAGCAGCAGAAGAGAAGUUGGCCGAGGAGAAGAGAGUGGCUGAGGCAAAGUUGGUAGAGGAGGCAGAGGAGAAGAUAGCAGCCGAUGCAAAGGUGGCUUUCGAGACUGUCUUGUCAGAAGAGGCUAGGUUGACGCGACAAGCGGAUGGGACCGUCUCAGCUGAUGAAGAGCAAGAAAGUAUCAAGGAAAUUUACGAAAUGGCUACGACGAAACGUUUUGAAUCUGAGGAACAGAACGAAGCAACCAUUAGGGUAAGGCCUUCGUACGUUUUAGAGCUGCAGCAAAGAGCGGUGAUUGCGGAGAAAGCAUUACGAGAGAAAGAGGAAGAAAUCGUUCUACAGCGUCAGAAGAUCCAGCAUUAUGAGAAACAGUGGGCGGAGUAUGAAGCCAAAAUUUCAUCUAUGGAGGAGAAGUGGCAGAAGCAGAUGUCUACAUUGCACCUAAGUUUAGCAGCUGCAAAAAAGAGCAUUGCCACUGAAGAAAGUGCCACAUUGCACCUAAAUUUACCAGCUGCAAAAAAGAGCAUUGCCACCGAAGAGAGUGCCACAUUGCAGACUUCUCCUGAAGAUGAUUCUGGGGACCUGAAGACUACAGGUGGGAAAUUGAGCCGUGGCACCCGGCCUCUGCUUCCCACCGAGGAAGAAAAGUUCCACAAAGAUACCCAAGAACUGGAUGAGGAAUCGGCGAAGGUUACUAUGGAUUCAGAGCAGAAUUCUAACAAAUUCUUGCAUGCAGGGUCUGAGCUUGGGUCAAGCCAGGGUGAGGUUGCGGCUGGGCAUUCCUAUGUCGUGCAACUUGACCGAGAAUUUGACCAUCGGAAACAGGUGUUUACCGACGACAUUGACUUCCUUGUAGAAGUGAAGUCUGGUCAGACUCAGGCGCAUUUGAACCCCGAAGACGAGCUCCGGAAGCUGAAAACUAGGUUUGAUGGGUGGAAAAGAGACUUCAAGGUGAGGCUCCGAGAGACGAAGGUGGUACUGAACAAACUUAGCCACACAGAUUCGACUGACAGGUGGAUACGAGGGAAGAAAUGGCACUGGGGUAAACUGGGGAAACAAGUCGCACCCCCUUGACCCAAUUCUGCAGCCCCUCACAUUUCAUCUAUUUUUUUCUGCUUUGAAUUUUUCCUAAGAAGGCCGGGCAUCCUACCGCUUGGUUCAUUUUUUUGGCGUUUUGAGCGCCAUUCUGCAGCGAAGAUAGUUCCAGUGCUGCAAGCUUUCAUUUUCAGUAAUCUUUGUGUCAAUCGAACUACACUUGUGUUGGCUGGAAAGCUUUAACUUAUACCCUAACCCUAACGCUUGGAGGGGACAAACAUGGUCUCAAGCUGCCCGCUAGGAGUAGCAUGUCUUUUUAAACUUAUCAGGGAGAAACGUAGUGAUGUUGGGGUUUCGAGGGUGCGAAGGAUAUCCUCCACAGCAGACAUUCAUGUGCUCCCUCGAUUGUUGAUUAAAUGUACUAACAUGUAAUUAUAUAUAUUUGUCUGGAUCCGCAGCUCGCUUGUGCUAUUCAUAUUCUGAAGCUGGCUUGACCACGGAUUGCCUAGGCAUUAUUAGUUAUUUCUAAUGAAAGAGUCAUACACUGACUCAGAUUUCCAGAAUUGUC